CAGGAAUGAACCAGGUGGUUGCAACAUGCUGGACUUGCCUCCUGCUCUCUGCUUUCCUGUGUGAACCCGCGCUGUCCAAGGGCGGUCGUGGAGGGUCCCGGGGCUCCUCUCGAGGCUCCCCCUCCCGCAGCUCCACAGCGGGGAGUUACCGGGGAGGAGGCGCCUACGGUGGGACCCGCUCUCGCUUCAGGGUGGCAGGGCGAAGUUCCCCGGUGAGGGUGGCAAGUGCAGCGGCAGCGGGGGCAGCAGUGGCGUUAACGGCCGAUAAAUGGUACGCCUCCGCCUACCGCCGCAGCAACGCCGACAGCUCAGACGAAGAGCUGGAUUACUACAACAGGACCAAUUACUUUGAUGCACAAAUGUCAGGCUCAACUCAAAAUGGAUAUUCUCUCUCUCAGCUGAUUUCUAUCAUUAUUGCAACAUUUUCCUCAAAAUAUGGACUCUUACUGGACAGUAUACUGUAGAUGUUCAAGUUAUUUCUCAGGAUUAACUCCUGA